ACAUGCACUGUACUUUAUAUGUAGAAGUAGGGUUUGCUAAAGAGACGGGAACUGCCUUUUUCAUUUUAACGUCGUUUGUCUGUCUUGUUUCCCGGUUAUCAUAGAGUUCGGCAAAAGGAAUCAACUGCACAAAAGUGUGCCAAGUGAAAUUAAAUCUACAGAUUCAGAACAUUCCAAUCUCACCAAGAUGGCCGAAGCUGCACUACCCAGUGAGACCACUUGCAAGAUUAGACAUGUACACAUCGAAUGCCCAAUCUGCUUGACUCGGUUCAUCGAUCCGAAAAUCCUGGACUGCCAGCACAGCUUCUGCUUAAAAUGUCUUCAGGAACUUGUAGACAAACAGGAUCCAAAGACGGAUUUCAUCAUUUGCCCAGUGUGUAGAGAGAAAACUUCAGUCCCAGAUAAGGGACCAUCGGCUCUUCCAAAUAGCUUUUUCUUGAGCUCACUUAUUGAUGACGUAAUCAAUCCGGAUGGUUCCGAGGAGGACAUUAACCCUCCUAUUUCAUCUUGUGAAGGAUGUGACGAAGGUCUUGAAGCUGUUUCACGGUGUGUCGACUGUGAUGCGAACUUUUGCAAAACAUGUCUACAAAACCACGCCAAAUUUAAAAAUCAUAGGCACCAUAAAAUUGUUAAUGCUGUAGGCUCAUCUAAUGAGCGACUCAGGGUCAAGGACAAACCCGGGUCUUUAAAAUGCCGGAAACACACUGACCAGGAACUGUGUUUUUAUUGCGACACGUGUGUUUCCUCCGUGUGUCCUAAAUGUGCGGUGUUCCAUCACAGAGCGUCAGAACACGAUCUCUCUGCAAUCAAAGACUCCAUUCGAUCUUAUCGUCAAGCUGUUGAAGAGGCUUUGAUGAAGUUUGAUGAAUGUCGCAAGGAAUUCAAAAAAGUUGAUGACUCCAUCACAAACUCACAACAUAGAUUACAGAUCAUGGUCGACCGGGCUCUUAAUGAUAUUGUGGCUAAGGAGGAUAAGGAAGUCGAGAAAAUCAGAAAAGCAUCUCUCCUCCUUCAAGAAAGAGUCACUCAAAUCAGUAAAGAAAGGGGUGAGGAAUUUGAACGCAAACGGAUCAGCAAUCGCGAAAAAAUGAGCCGUGCAGAGCAGAUCGUAGCUUCAGUCAAUGACUUGAUGCAACAAGCUGAUGACUUUGAGCUGCUGGACCUCAAGCCAAAGGUCAUGCACAACUUGACAUUCCACGAAGAGCUUCGGUUUCAAACAGUGCAGCGUGGCAAGUCACUCGUCAGGUUCAAAGGUCACGAUGUCGUCACUGAUGCAGAUAUCGGUGAAAUACUAAAGGAGUUGGAGGUGGAGAUGGAGGAGUUUGGUACAAAAGGGAAAGCGUUUGGAGCAGCGCCCUCUACAGGUCUGUUUGGCCAGACUGCUGCUGCCACAGCACCAUCUGGCAAGACAUAUGCAGGAGCAAGUAGCCUGUUUAGUGUUGGAGCCUCAUCACGGUCGUUUGCUGAUAAAGCUCAAGGUGGUACCACGGUCAAAUUCAAACCGGUGAUAAGUACAGACACAGAUACUAAACGUGGAGUGACAACUUACAUCAACACAAGACACAUGUUUAUAACAGCCAUGAAGGAAUAUGAAAACAAAUGUGUGGAGGAGUUGAGGCUGGAGGACUAUGCCAUGGCUAUAGAGGACUUAAAACAGAAAGAAAUAUUGACAAACACGUUAUCACUGGCAGCAAUAACCCCAAAAGAAGAGGAGCAUGGAGGUGUUUGGAAAUGAAAACAGCGACUACCGCCCUGUAGCAAUUACAUCUGAUGUGGUGAUGAAAUGCUUGGAGAAGAUUAUUCAACAUAACCUCAUCCAGCCUAUUUAGCAGAAACUUGACAUCCGCUUUACACACGAAAUAUACGAACAUUUGGACAAACAGCAGUGCUAUGCAAGGGCUCUGUUUAUUGACUUCGCAUAGACUUUCCCAGCAUGAUACAACCAACCUUGUUACUCUAGAAACUCAAACACGUAUAAAACCAUCUUUAAUUAUCUGGAUAAGGGACUUUCUCUGAGCAAGAGUUCACGAAGUUAAAGUCAACCAAAUGUUAUCAGAUCUAAUACUUUGUAUAACUGGCUCACCCCAAGGUUGUGUCAUUUGUGUCGAGGAUGCAAUGAUUAUUGGACUUAUUAUCAACCAUCGGGGGAGGGGGAUAAAUGAGAGCAAUACAGAACUUUAGCGAGUGGUGUAAUGAAAACUAUUCAUAGUGAAUUCCUCCAAAAGCAAAGCAGACUGUGUUUGAUUUCAGACAUACUAAGAGAGGUGAACAGUCAGCAAAUAGUACAGGAUGUGUACAUUGUGUAGAACUACAAACACUACAAUAACUUACAGUCAGUUGAAUUGGAGUAAUCAAAUUAUACUUUAGAUGGGUCACUGUUCAAGCGCCUAAUUGAGUUUACUUUUUUUUUUGUAAAUACGUGCACAAUGAAGACUAUGUACAUAAUACAUUUCCCUGCAUUUUAUAAACAACCACUCCACAUGCAAUGAAUGUGGAGCUAUGUGCAUGGUAGUUAGACAGCUAGAUAGAUAGAUAGAUAUAAACGUUUAUUCAAUGUUGCAAAUAGUGUAUAAUACAGAGUAAUAUGGACAAAAUAAAAGUAAAUAUAAAAACAUAUUAAAAGAUGAAACAAACAAAAGGCAACAUCUAGGUCUGUGGAGAAGCACAGCUUUUGUUCCCCAGCCUAUGAACAGACAACCCCCCCCCCC